UACCAAAGCCCUAGGAAGGAAUGUGCCUGGUCCAUUUCAAAACAGCAUGGAGGCUGGUGCGGCAGAAUAAGUAAGCAAAGAGGAUGGUUAUACAUAAAUAAAAGAUCAAGUGCUCACAAGAUUACGUCUCCGGAAAGCACUCUUGGAUGUAAGACAAAGGCGGGGUGUAAAAACGAAAACAAAAGUAGUCUGAGUUAGAGAGUGUCAUUUGAUUUUACUCUCUGCAUUCAAGACUGCUCCUGUCUGCCUACUGAAACAGAUUGGAACCAUGGCUUUGGAAUACAACCAGUCAACAGAUUACUAUUAUGAGGAAAAUGAAAUGAAUGACACUCAUGACUAUAGUCAGUAUGAAGUGAUCUGUAUAAAAGAAGAGGUCAGAAAAUUUGCAAAAGUUUUCCUACCUGCCUUCUUCACAAUAGCUUUCAUCAUUGGACUUGCAGGCAAUUCCACUGUAGUGGCGAUUUAUGCCUAUUACAAAAAGCGGAGAACCAAAACAGACGUGUACAUCUUGAAUUUGGCAGUGGCAGAUUUACUACUUCUAUUCACUUUGCCUUUUUGGGCAGUUAAUGCAGUUCAUGGGUGGGUUUUAGGGAAAAUCAUGUGCAAAGUCACUUCAGCCUUGUACACAGUCAAUUUUGUCUCUGGAAUGCAGUUUCUGGCUUGUAUCAGCACAGACAGAUACUGGGCAGUAACUAAAGCUCCCAGUCAAUCGGGAGUGGGAAAACAAUGCUGGGUCAUCUGUUUCUGUGUCUGGGUGGCUGCCAUCUUGCUGAGUAUCCCUCAGUUGGUUUUUUAUACAGUAAAUCAUAAAGCUAGGUGCAUUCCCAUCUUUCCAUACCACCUAGGAACAUCAAUGAAAGCAUCAAUUCAAAUACUGGAAAUCUGCAUUGGAUUUGUAAUACCCUUUCUUAUCAUGGCAGUGUGCUACUUCAUCACGGCAAAGACACUCAUCAAGAUGCCUAACAUUAAAAAAUCUCGGCCCCUCAAAGUUCUGCUCACAGUGGUCAUAGUUUUCAUCGUCACUCAAUUACCUUAUAACAUUGUCAAGUUCUGCCAAGCCAUAGACAUCAUCUACUCCCUGAUCACUGACUGUGACAUGAGCAAACGCAUGGAUGUUGCCAUCCAAAUCACAGAGAGUAUUGCACUCUUUCACAGCUGCCUCAACCCAGUCCUGUACGUUUUCAUGGGAACCUCUUUUAAAAACUACAUCAUGAAAGUUGCCAAGAAAUACGGAUCCUGGAGAAGACAAAGACAAAAUGUGGAGGAGAUUCCUUUCGAAUCUGAAGAAGCUACAGAGCCAACCAGUACUUUCAGCAUUUAAAUAUAAGACCUAUCUGUCUCUUGCUUCAAUACACAUGAAUGAUGCUUCCCGCUGAGAUCAAACAUCUGCAUUUUUCUGAAAUUCAAAUUUCAAACACUGUGGUGGCAACUUGUAGCAAAGAAGAGGUUGGGGUAGGAAAGGGGAGUGGGGUAGAAGCCAAGAAAAAGAGGAAACAAAUAAUAAAUUCAUAAAACAUAGAAAUUAAAACUAACAACAUAAGAAAAUAGUAUUAACAGUCAUACAUAAGAAAAACACUACAAGUUAGGUCAUCUAAAACAGAUUGUUAAAGAGAUUUAGUUUAAGGGUCAUUUACAGUUAUUUUAAAUUAUCUAAAUUUUAAUAUAACAAUUUUCCUGCAUAAUUUUAAUACUUGAAUAAUCAUGCAGCAACAUUUAAUGUCUUUUUCUUUUUCCUGUUCCUAAUUUGUAAGUGAUUUAAUAAAACUCCAGAAAGAAUAAAAACUAGCAAUGAGAAAAAAAAAA